CACACACACACAGAGCGCACGGGUACAGCAGCAGCAUCACCAUCACACACACACAGAGUGCACGAGCACAGCAGCAGCAGCAUCACCAUCACACACAGAACGCACGGGCACAGCUGCAGCAUCACCAUCGCACGCACAUAAAGCGCACCGCAUCGCCAUCCACGCACGCAGUGCACAUUAAAUUACAUAAACACUCACAAAACACAACUCUACAGCACUCUACGGAUAACACGACACGAACCAAAGACACACACACGCCGCGCCUAAAGCGCAGUGGAACCUCGAAGGUGAAUUCGUGACCCCUGGAGCUGCAUUCCCGACCCCUCCUCGCCUGUGCGUCUACCGCGGAGCGGGGCAGGAUGUGCGCCGCUCCCAUGGUCGGGACCACACUAGCGCUGCCGACCGCCGGGCCGAGCGUGUGCCUCUGACCCCUUGGACCUGCGCCCCCUGAGCCCUCUUUACCCAUGAAGCGCCAUGGCUAGGGGGGGGGGUUCUCUCCCGAGGCUCGUCUUGUUCGAGUGGCUAGAGAUUGAAUCGCCAUAACCUGUCUUCGGGUGGCAGCAGGAAUUGAUGUGCAUCCGAAAUCUGGCACCGGCAUUGCACCGUUGAACUGUAUAGCGGGUUAACUGCCCGGUUUGGAUAGAGCUGGUCCGGACGUGAGAAGCAUGUCCCAGAUUGGCCGGUGGACCCGGCCGCUUUAUCCACCAACCAAGCCCGCGUUUGCGCUCUGCUGCCUCCUCCUCCUGCUGCUGCUCCUCGCCGCGAACCGCACGCCGCUCGACCUGUCAACGCCGAUCCACGCACAGGUGCAGCAGCAGGGAGGUCAAGCCCUGGCAGGUGACGGUGCAGUGAGGCUGGACCAUGGUUCUCCGGAGUCGGCGUGGUCCGAUCUGCACGUGGAGAAUGGCCCCGUGCCAGGCUCCCCGGGGGCGGCAUGGACCCUCGUCCUGUGUGCGGAGCGCGGCUGCCUUCCUCCAUGUCUGCCGCACAUCCCUCAACGCCACAAGGUGAACGAGGCUCCGGGAUUGAGCGACUCGCUGUUGAAGCCCGAUGCCUUCUGCUGGUUGAUGCAGCACGUCGGCAAUCUGUCCGCCUGGCUUUCCCCUCGGUGCUGGCUGCUGCCCCUACAACGAGCGACAUGGCAGAGGGCGGCGGCCGCGCUGCCUCCCCGUGGCGAUUGGGCCGUGAGCACCACGGAGCUGGGCGCCUCGCCUCUCUGGCUGGACACGGAGGCCCUGCAGAGGACGGAGUCCCGGGCCGAGGCACGCGUUGUGGUGUGGGCACGUGACUGGCGCCCCCUGUUGGUGCUAGGCCUGCGCGUCGAGGUGGAGGCGUUUGUGCUGCUCAGCUCCGCACGGCCCCUGCACGCGUUCCUGCACGGGGACUGGGUCGUGCGCCUCCGCCACGCGCCGCGUUCACAGCAGGCACGUGCCCGGCCUCGCGCCUCGCUCAUUCGCGCAAUCGCUUACUCGUGUCUCGCUCACUCGCACACUCACUCACCCGCGUCUCACUAACCCGUGCA